GCCAGCCACAAGAUGGCGGCGCCCUGGCGGCUGUUCUUAGGUCCUGUAACCAGCUUCUCCCUUCAAAGCCGUCGUUCCAUUUCUACCGCGUCCUUGCCGAGCUCUGCGGUUAUCCGACGCACCUUUCUCAACUACUUUGAGGAGAAGCAUGGCCACCGACGUGUCCCUUCCUCCCCCGUACGCCCUCGAGGGGACCCCAGCCUGCUUUUUGUCAACGCUGGUAUGAACCAGUUUAAACCCAUCUUCCUGGGCACGGCAGAUCCUCGCAGUGAGAUGGCUCAGUACCAGAGAGUUGUGAACAGCCAGAAGUGUGUACGUGCAGGAGGGAAACACAAUGAUCUGGACGAUGUGGGGAGAGAUGUGUAUCACCAUACCUUCUUUGAGAUGCUGGGGAACUGGUCCUUUGGGGAUUACUUUAAGGUGGAAGCGUGCCGCAUGGCCUGGGAGCUCCUCACUCAAGGCUACCAGAUUCCUGCUGAUCGUCUCUAUGUCACAUACUUUGGGGGAGACCCAGCCCUGGGACUUGCUGCAGACUUGGAGACCAAAGAGAUUUGGCUCAGCCUAGGGAUUUCCCCUUCUCACUUGCUGCCAUUUGGUCUGAUGGACAACUUCUGGGAGAUGGGAGACACAGGCCCAUGUGGGCCUUGCACAGAAAUCCAUUAUGACCAUGUGGGUGGGCGCAAUGCUGCAGCUCUGGUGAACCAGGAUAGCCCUGAUGUGGUGGAGAUAUGGAACCUAGUGUUCAUGCAGUUUAACAGGGAAUCCGACGGGAGCCUUCGCAUGCUGCCUCAGCGCCAUGUGGACACCGGGAUGGGCUUUGAGCGAUUGGUGACUGUCCUUCAGGGCAAGCGGUCUAACUAUGAGACAGACUUGUUUACCCCGAUCCUGGAGGCCAUUCAGAAGGGGUCUAAGGCUCCUCCGUAUCAAGGUCUACUGGGCAAAGAUGACAGAGGGCACACGGACAUGGCGUAUCGCGUAGUGGCCGAUCACAUCCGGACGCUGUCUGUGUGUAUCGCUGAUGGUGUGUACCCCGGCAUGUCUGGAGCAGAGCUUGUGUUGCGGCGGAUCCUCAGGAGAGCAGUCAGGUUUUCCUCUGAAGUUCUUCAGACACCUCCUGGAUUCCUGUCUUCUCUGGUUCCAGUAGUUGUGGAUGUUCUGGGAGAAGCGUUCCCAGAGCUGGAGAGAGAGAAAUCACAGAUAAUGAACAUUCUGAGUGAAAAUGAAGAUGCUUUUUUGUCCUCUCUCCAGCGAGGGCGGCGAAUCAUAGACCGGACGUUGCAGCAAGAAGCGUCUGACAAUACAUUCCCAGUGGAUGUAGCGUGGUCUCUAUACAGAAAUCUGGGAUUCCCACUGGAUCUGAUUGGACUGAUGUUGGAGGAGAGAGGUGCGAGGCUGGAUAAGGCUGCGCUAGACCAGCUGGCUAUGGAAGAGACGGAGAUGAAGGUGAAAAGCCAGCAGGCAGAUGAUGUGCAAACUCGGUGUCAGCUUGAUGUACAUUCAUUGGCUGAGCUGCAGAGUAAAGGGAUUCUGGUCACUGACGAUUCGCCUAAAUACGCCUACACCCUGGGAGCUGAUGGCAAAUACGUGUUUAGUGCUUGUCGGGCCAGAGUUCUCAUGCUCUACAAAGACCAGUCCCUGCAGUGUGAGGUCAGCAGAGGUCAGCGCUGUGGUGUGCUCCUGGACCGGACUUGUUACUAUGCGGAGCAGGGAGGCCAGAGCCACGAUCAGGGGUAUUUUGUGCGUGAGAAUAAUCAGGACGUUCUGUUCCCUGUGGAAUCCGUACAAGUCGCUGGAGGAUACGUGGUGCAUGAAAUUGUUGCUGUAGACAAACUGGUGGUCGGGGAUGAGAUUGCGCUGUUUCUGGAUGAGGCCCAGCGUCUGGCCUGUAUGAUCAAGCACACGGCCACCCACCUGCUUAACUUUGUGUUGCGUCAGGUUUUGGGGGACAACUCAAUGCAAAGAGGAUCCCAUGUGACUCCGGAGCGAUUGCGAUUUGAUGUCAGCGUCAAGGCUCCCAUUAGCAACCAGCAACUGCAGGAAGUGGAGAAGGAACUGAGCAAAUUGAUCAGGGCUGACCAUGUGAUCCACACUGCGCAGGUCCCUCUCAGAGAUGCCAAAUGCGUCCCAGGACUCAGAACUGUGGAUGAGGCGUACCCAGACCCCGUGCGUAUGGUCUCAGUUGGGGCUUCUGUAGACGCUGCGUUGGAUCCUGGUUCCCAUGCUGCCUUGCACACUUCAGUGGAGCUCUGCUGUGGCACGCACUUACUGAAGACAGGAGCCAUUGAAGAUGUUGUUAUUGUAUCGGAACGACCCCUGGCUAAAGGGAUCUCUCGUCUUAUAGCCAUCACUGGAGACGAAGCCAAACAGGCACGUGAGACAGGCCAUGUCUUGUCCAGGGAGGUAGAGUCAUUGUCCGAACGCAUGAGGUCCAAGCCCACUACGCUGAGCCGCGCCUUCCAGCUCUCCAAAGAAGUGGGAGUGAUGACAGAUAGUGUGGAAAGUGCCCCGAUGCCUCAGUGGCAGAGAAAGGACCUGCAGACCACAUUAAAGGCGCUACAACGAUCCGCCAACACCCACCUCCGCAAGCUGGAGAUUAGUCAGGCGGCAGAGAAAGCCCAGAGUCUCCUGGUGAAACAUUCCCAUCAGCCUCUCAUAGUAGACACAGUUGCCGUGGAGUCGCUGUCGAUCCUGAUGAAGGUUGUGAACCAUCUGUGUGACAAGUCUCCUGGGUCCUCAGUGAUGCUUCUCAGUCAGCAGGAAGCCGGCAAGUUCUUCUGUGCUUGUCAGGUGCCAAAGGGGUCAGGUUCCAGCCUGUCUGCGGCAGAGUGGGCUCUCGCUGUGUGCUCAGCGACAGGAGGUAAUGCUGGGGGAUCACAUAUUGUGGCUAAAGGCACCGGGACCAGCAAAUACCUGGAGGAAGUCAUAAAAACGUCUGUGAAUUUUGCACGGGCUAAGGAAUGAGACUACAGGCUGCAGAUACAUCCCAAGUAAUCAUACAGACUCAAGGCUGAGAGCAGCUACAUUGUGAUACUUUGUGUUAUAUUCUGGGCAACUCAGCUGCUUAGAGACAAAACUGAAGCCGGGGGAUCCCUUUGAUAAUGCUGCUGGAUCAGUGCAUUAAUUGUAUUGUUAUUUCCAUAUCCUUUUAUAUGAAACAAUGAAGUGCAUUAUGAAUGCGCCCCUCAGCCUAAGGACAUCACACGCUGGGGUGCACAUUUUAUGGAUAUGAUCAUGUUGGUCUAUCCCUUACAUUGUGUGCUAUGUGGUUGGGAACAAUUCUCAGAGACAUUGAGUUAUACAGUGACAUUGCCCUAAUCAACGUUGUCCUCUGAACAUUCGGCAUAAUAUAAUAAAGUGCACCCAGACAAGCAGAGGUUUUCGCAGAACGCUUUUCGGUACACACACGCGUUUCAAACUGAAUGAGUUUAGGCUUCCAAAACCUGCAGGAGGGCUAGAGACUAUUGGAAAUGAAGCAAAUGGUAUCUCCUGUGAUGCUACUGACUGCCACCUGAUGCCUUUGUUAUUGUCAUGGAAAUAGGGUGAGAAUACUAAGCAGCUGACAUUAUUUAUAAGUGUACUGAAUACAUAAACCUAAUAACGUGUGCUUAGCUGCUGAUGUUGUAAUUGGCUCUGUGACGCUACAAUAAAUAUGGCGUGAUAGUUAUCAAAUGUCUGAGCGGGGACGCAUGGUACUAUAUAUGUAACAAACUAAAGAGUUAUUGUCCA